GAAGAGUUGAAAUAUUAUUAAUUUUUGUUUACCAUAUUAUAGGCCUUUUAUUUCAUACUCGGAAAUAAGUUUAUGGCGUUUAAUUUGUGUAAACAAAAUACCUUGGUAAAUAAUUGAGGUCAAAAUAUUUUGAUUAACAAUUUUUGAUCAGAGUUGUUUUGUUUCGGGGAAAUCUAGGUAAACUGAAAGAUGUAUGGAACAAGAGAAAAGACGUUGUUAUAUAUUUGAUGUAUAUAUAUUGUUAACAAUGGGAAAGUUAUUGGAGGUUGAUUAUUAUAUUAUUGGUAUUAGUUUAUUGAUGUUAAAGAUAUCUGGUUUACCAACUAUACAUACAUGUAAUCAUUUGAGUUCUUUAAAUCAUGAGAUACAAUAUGAUGUAGAUAUAGAACCAGUACAUAUAGUUAAAAAACGAAGUAUAAAUCAUCCACUACGUAUACAUCUACAUUAUGAUACCAGUUUAGAUCUAUUACCACCUGAUCAUGUUCAACUAUUAAAGGAAACUGCUAUAGAAGCUGUGUCAUUUUGGAGUAAGACAUUAUGGGUAAGACAGACUGCUGCUCCAAUUAGAUUAAAGAGGAAGUGUGAGAACUCCCAUGUUGGAUACAGAAAUCAAAUAAGUUGUUGUUAUGAAGGUUGCAGUAGGAAAACAGUUUGUGGUGAAAUAGAAAUACCAAAUGAACAUCUGGAGGAAUGUAACUGGUGUGAUGAUAACAGAGAAUUUAAUGAUUAUAAUUCUAAAACAGGUGUAUCUAAUACUGAUUUUAUAUUAUAUGUAGCAGCUAUUAAAUCAGAUAGAUGUUUACAAAGUACAGUAGCAUAUGCUGGUCAUUGUCAACAAGAACGGGCAUUAGAUAGACCUGUUGCUGGUUAUUUUAGUAUAUGUCCUCAAUCUAUAUCAACUAAUAAACAAGACAGACUACAAUUACUAUCAACUUUAAAACAUGAAAUAUUACAUGCAUUGGGGUUUACGGCUAGUCUGUUUGCUUUUUAUCGGAAUGAGAAUGGUGAACCUUUAACACCCAGACAAGAGAUAUCUAAUAAACCUGAAUUUGAUAGUAGUUUACGAAUGUACAAAUGGAGUGCGAAUGUAGUCAAAACAAUACGGCGACCAGAUUGGAGAUUGCCAUCAGGAACAAUAACUAAAACUGUUAGAAUGAUUGUUACACCUAAAGUUAGGGAAGAAGUAAGAAGACAUUUUAACUGUUCUACAUUGGAAGGUGCUGAAUUAGAAGAUCAAGGAAUUGAUGGUACAGCUAUAACUCAUUGGGAAAAACGUGUCUUUGAGAAUGAAGCUAUGACUGGUACUUAUACACAAAGUUCUGUGAUAUCAAGAAUUACUUUAGCUGCCAUGGAAGAUACAGGUUGGUUUAAAGCUAAUUAUUCUCAAGCUGGUCACUAUGAAUGGGGUAAAGGUUUAGGCUGUGAUUUUGUUAAACAGAGCUGUUAUCACUGGAUGGUAACAAGAGAAGCUAGGAAUGAAGAUAUUUAUCCUUACUGUAAGAAAGUUAAAACCAAUGAACUAUGGACAGAUUGUACAGAUAAUCGUCAUUCUGUAGCAUUAUGUAAUCUAGUGGAAUAUAAACAAUCAUUACCUCGUAAAUUUCAGUAUUUCAAUGGAAUAGAAGGUGUAGCUGAUAGUGAAGUAGGAAGAUUUGGAGGCUCAGUCUCGUUAGCUGAUUACUGUCCAUAUUUACAGGAGUUUUCCUGGACUAAUAAGGAUGAAAUUUUACGUGGCUCUAGUUGUUUAGUUCAUAGUAAUGGUAUAGAGCGUGAUACCAAUUAUUUUGGUGAAGAAUAUGGGAAUAAUUCAUUAUGUUUAAAUCAUGGUGGCAAAUGGUACUUACAUCAUUGUGGUGGAGUUAAUAGUCCACAACAUAGUGGUAGUGGAUGUUAUAGGUAUGUGUGUUCAUCAGAAUUAGGUUUAACAGUGAUAGUUGAUAAUAAACCAUAUAGAUGUUAUAAAUCUGGUCAACGUAUUAAACCAUCAUUUAUAACUAGAAGUUACCUUCAUCAAGGUUCUAUUAUUUGUCCAUCCUGUCAUGAAGUUUGUGAUGUAAGUAUGAAUUUGAUCUUAUAUACCAUAUAA